CACACACUCACACCACCACCGCCACAAUGCCCAAGUCCAAGCGAAACCGCAUCAUUCACACUUCUGUCGUCCAAAAGAAGCCCGCCAAAGAGCGCAGCGAAGCCCUCUUCUCCUCCAUCCACGCCGCCGUCGACGAAUAUGCGCACAUUUUCGUCUUUUCCGUCGAAAAUAUGCGCAACACCUACCUCAAAGACGUGCGACAACAUUUUGCCGAUUCGCGAAUUUUCUACGGAAAAACCAAAGUCAUGGCCAAAGCCUUGGGGAGUUCCGUCGAAGAUGAACAUGCCCCCGGACUUGCGAAAUUGACGAAAUACCUGGCGGGAAAUGUGGGAUUGCUCUUUACCAAUCGUGCGCCAGAGGAGGUGUUGGAGUUUUUUGAAGGGUUUGUUGAGGUGGAUUUUGCGAGAGCGGGCGUCGUUGCUACGAGGACGUUUACUGUUCCCGCGGGGAUUGUGUAUUCGAGGGGUGGAGAAGUUGCCGUCGAGGAUGAUGUGCAACUUCCGCAUAGUUUGGAGGUGAUGGUGAGGAAGUGGGGCAUGCCGACGAGGUUGGAUAAGGGCAAGGUGGUGCUGGAUCAGGAGUAUACGGUGUGUCAGGAGGGCAAGCAGCUGAACAGCCAUCAAACGGCGCUGCUCAAGAUGUUUGGCGUGGCCAUGUCGGAGUUCAAGGUGGAUGUACAGGCAUAUUGGAGUGCGGCGACGCAGAGUGUCACCGAGGUUGGGGGCAAGGAUGGAGAUGCUAUGGAGGCAUAGCCCGUCUCCAUGCCGUUUUAAUAUGUUUUUCAUGGUACUUCAAAGAGAGGAGUUUGGCGCGACCGAAAAAGUGCACGACAUGGGACAUUAUAGUCAUUUCUUGUUCAAUGCUUGCAAGCGACUUGAGCGCGCUACGUACUUGCAUUUUUGUCAUAGCGAAGGCGCAGGAGGCGUUCUCUGCAGACUUUGACCGGCCUACAUUAAAAAAGUCGGCCUGUUCAAUGCACAAAAGUCAUGUCUCAAUUGCUGCUCCACAGUCAUGCGCCAUUCCUGCCUGUUUUGCCCCUUCAUUCCAGCGCCCUGUUCACAUUGCCCACAGAAAGCACCAUCUCGAACCAUCUACGACUCGGUGGUGAUCUUAGCCUUGCCGUUGGUGACCUUAACACCGAGCUGCUUGGCACGUGCAACAAUCUCUAUCCGCUUCCUCGAGGAGACAGCGUGUGCGAUCUCGGCAGCGUAGGUCUUGUUGUGCAUGAGGAGGAGGUCCAAGUCGCGGGUGUUGUUGACGAGGAAAGCCUUGUGGCCCGAAGGCAUCAUGUGGCGGGUCUUGAUGUUGCUACCGUAGCCGAUCUUUGGCAUAGCGGCCUGUCCCUUGAAGCGUCUGCGGACACGGUUGUCGAUUCCCUUGGGCUUUCUCCAUGAUGGGUCCACGCGCAUGAAGCGGUCGCUCUGGUGACGGUUGAAGCGCUUCGUGUGCUUCUUCACGAUCGGGACAUGCUUCUUGGCGGCAACCAUCUUUGCGGUGUUGCUGUGGCGUUAGUAAAAGUGUCGACGAC